AUGUCUCCCAGCGAGGUUCCGGCUCGAGAAGACUAUGUUUACAACUCCCAACUCGACGCUUUUACACUUUAUCACCUCUCGCGUCAUACGAGCAGCCACACCACAGUAGGGCCUGCACUUCCUGCUCUCGGCCAUGCGCUCUCUGGAGCAUGUGGAACAGCCGUGUCGAAGCUCCUGACAUACCCUCUCGACAUCGUCAUCACCCGUCUACAAGUUCAACGGCAAAUACAGCGCAAUUCCAACCACUCACAUUAUGACGGUAUUCUCGAUGCCAUUGAGAAGAUUUACGAGAGAGAAGGGGGCCUACAAGCAUUCUACAAUGGCGUCUUUCAUGAGACCGCCAAGGGCGUUGUAGACAGCUUCUUGUUCUUCCUCGCGUACUCAUAUGUUCGCGAGAAGAGGCUAGUGGCACGAGGCUCUGGCAAAAGCCUGCCAGCAUGGGAAGAGAUUGGUGUCGGAGUGGUAGCAGGAGCCUUUUCCAAGUUCUUCACGACGCCAAUUCAGAACAUUGUUACACGGAAGCAGACAGCAGCGAUGCUAAGCCAUGAUCACUCAGGAUCUACCAUACCCCCGCUGUCUAGCACACGUGAUAUUGUACGGGAGAUCCAGCAUGAGAAGGGGUGGCAGGGUUUCUGGUCAGGCUACUCAGCUAGCCUGGUGUUGACGCUCAAUCCGUCCAUCACCAUGUUGAUGCACAAGGUUUUGUUACGAUUUCUAGUACCCAGAGCGAGCCGCGAAGACCCUGGGUCACGCACUACCUUUCUUCUUGCAGCCAUCAGCAAAGCUCUUGCAUCGACUGUCACCUAUCCCUUUUCCUUGGCCAAGACACGCGCACAAGUAUCUUCGCAAAAGCCUACGGCCCCGCAAGGGAAGACUUCAGAGUUGAAAGACCCAGCCGCGUCAACACAUCCAAGGACAUUGCAAGCAAGGAAGCGUACCGUGUUCAGCACCAUUCUGCGCAUUGUGCAGACAGAAGGUCUUUGGGCUUUGUACGAAGGGCUUGGUGCUGAAGUUCUCAAAGGCUUUUUCUCGCACGGUAUUACUAUGCUGAUGAAGGAUCGUAUUCACUCCGUCAUCAUCAGCUUAUACUACACCGUGGUGCAAUCUUUGAGGAAACUACCCAGUGCAGAGGAAUGGAGCAAGUCGGCUACGGAUGAGGCCAAGCAUGUCUACGAGCAAGGCAAAGAGCAAGUAUCAGAUGUUUACGCAAAGAGUGUCGAGAUAGCAGGGAAUGCGGCAGAGAAGGUCAAAGAGGUUGUGACGGAAGGAUCACAGCAAGCUCAAGAGAUGGCCGAGAAGGGUAUAGAGCAUGCUGGUGAAGUAGCAAGCACAGCAUCAUCUACUGUACAGAGCACUGCACAAAGUGGGUCACAUGAGGCACACCGCCUCUUGUCACAGAGCAGAGAGGCUGCUAGUAGUGCCGCACCGACGAUGAAAGAGACGGCCAGCAAGGCGAGUGAAGAGGCCAAAGAGGCUGUGCUGGAUGCAGAGGUAAAGGACAUUAAUGGGCCUGACACGGGCAUCAAAGAGUAG